UCAGUUCAGUUUUGUACCUACGGUUGAUAACACGGAUUGGUUCGGACCGAACUGCUGUUUUCGUCAUCACAUUCUCGGUAUUCCAGACAGGUUCAGGUUGAGUCAGCUAGCAAGUAUUUGCCACGCGACCACAUUCCGGAGACCGAUAGUGUGCCCCGUUCGUUGACAGGACCGAGAUAACGACGCGCGUUUACUGCCCCAAAGAAAGUCGUAGUUUCGUCGUAGUCUGCGAGGAUAGUUGUUUUCCUUGAAGGGAACCGUGUUCUGAAUCAUCCCUUUCCACCGAUAAUCGGUGGUAAUAACGGCUGUUGGUGUUGGUGUGUCCCACCGAGUACGUGAAAAUAUUCGCCUUUGGGUGGUUUGUGAAGUAUUGUUAUUUUCGUCGGGUUCCUUGAGUCACCACCCCCUUACGGCACGACAUACUUCCUAUUGAAGGGAGUCAGCAGUGUCAGCAGAAAGCUGUGUGUGCGAGAGUUCGCGAAGAACACCCCCUCCCCCCCUCGGAAGCGUAUCGCUGUAGUCGUGUAGUGUAGAUAUCUGCGCCGCCAGAAAGCUCUCCCGAGAAGAGAAUUGGACCAUCAUACAUACAUACGUUCGUUCGUUCGUUCGUGAAGAAGAGAUACAUAGAGUGCGAAUUUGAGCUUAUUGCCAACAUCGCCGUAGAGAUCCUCUAUUGCUAUACUGCUGCGCUGCACUCCUUAGGCGUGGACCGUCGACGUCUCGGUUUUUCGCGACUGCCACCACCGUCAGUGUUGUAGAGUGUGUUUUUCCGGCGAAUGUGUGUGACAACAACGCCCAACAGAAAAUAGCCAUUCCCAAGAUCAUCCUCAAGAAAUCAGGUUCAAGUGGAAGUGUGCAAGUUCCUAUAUCGGAAGAAUAUCUCGAGAAUAUCGUGUGCAAAGUGUGUUUCCUACAGUGGUGAGCUCUGAAGCGAAAAUCUGGAAGAUUGCCAGUAGUAGUGUGCUCAAGUCCCAAAGUUCCGCAAGUUACACGAUACAUACAACACGGUUCAGUCGCCGCCGGUGUACUUCGAAUACCCACAGAGUGUUGCGGUUUUUGCUCCAGCAGAUCCAGCCCUCGCGUGUUCCGGAAAGCUGACCCGACUGCUGUCUGACUGCCUGCCAGUGACGACGACGUUCGGUUAACCGUGAAAAUUGGAUUAUAUUACCCCCCGGCAGAUCGAUAACAUUAAUUAAAACUCGCACCAAGGAGGAACGACCCAGCUCUACGGAUCCGGUUGAUCGACGCCGCAGCUAGGAAACCGGCAACCGUAGCCUCAAAGGCAGCACGACAGCAGCGCCUCGGAGCGCCUACCCUGGAGCACCACCGCCCUCGCAGGCCACACUAAAGGGUUCCCAGCGACCCGCUAUGACUAGUCCAGCCGGCGGAAUCCCCGGUGGCCCCUACAGAGGAACCGCAGGCUACGGCUACGCACCGACACAGCAGGCGACCUACCGGUACUCGGCCCCGCUGGCGGCGCAACCGGCGUAUGCGACCUACACACCACACACCACUACCACGGUAAGCUUACUGGCACCGUCGGAAAGCACCCUUUAUAACUCGAAACAUCAGUACGGCCAGCGUGUACCGACAGCAGCAUCGCCCAGCAACACAAACUCCAGCAGCUCAUCCAACACCGGUUCCCAGAGUGGCACGCUGAGUACGAGUCUGAGCAAUACCAACACAAACAACACGAUGGGACCCAGUAAUACCCCACAGCAGACGGAACAGCUGUCCAAGACGAACCUCUACAUCCGCGGACUGCAGCAGGGCACGACCGACAAGGAUCUGAUCAAUAUGUGUGCACAAUACGGUACCAUCAUCUCCACAAAGGCAAUACUAGAUAAAACAACAAACAAAUGUAAAGGUUACGGAUUUGUUGACUUCGAAUCACCGGCGUGCGCCGAGGGUGCCGUCAAAGGUCUCCAAGCGAAGGGCAUUCAAGCUCAGAUGGCCAAAGUGGGUAUCUGGGUGCUACAUAGGCCGGCCGUUCAACAAGAGCAGGAUCCUACCAACUUGUACAUUGCUAAUCUACCACUAACCUACAAGGAAACGGAUGUAGAGAACUUACUAUCCAAAUACGGCCAGGUGAUCUCGACCAGAAUUCUGCGCGACCAGAAUGCACAGUCCAAGGGUGUCGGUUUCGCCCGGAUGGAAUCGCGGGAAAAGUGCGAACAGAUUAUCCAGAUCUUCAACGGUACUCAGCUGCAGGGCGCCAAGGAACCGCUGCUAGUGAAAUUCGCCGACGGUGGCUCGAAGAAAAAGAACCCCUUCAAGAGUCCAGAUCCGAACGCACGGACCUGGCGUGACGGUGCCGAAGGUAUUCCGGUGACGUAUGAUCCGAACCUACAGCAGAACGGAAUCGGCGUGAACGUGGGUGCCCACAUCGGUAUGCCGUACGGACGGUUCAGUGCUCCGCAAGUGGGCGGCUAUGCCGUUCCCGGUUCCCAGUGGGUACCGAGCUAUAUGAUGACCCAACCGAUGGCGCAGGUUGACGAUCAGGUUGGUUGCGUGGGGAAUCAUCUUAAAAAUCUGCCUAACACUCUUAUUUCGGCUCUUUAUUUACAGCAGUACAUGCAAAUGCAGGCACCACAUCUUAGCGUCGGUACGCCCUACAAAACGGAUACGGUCACGAAUGUACAGCCAAGGGGCGUGUCGAUGAUCAUGUCCAGUGAUAACCCGGCGGCAGGUGUCCCGUACGGGAUGAUGCCGCAGCUCACAACGCUACAGAUUGGAUCGUCGUACAUCAGUCCGACAUACCCGUACUACGCACCCACUCCGUCGAUCAUCCACACGAUGCAGAUGGGUGACUCGGAGCAGGUCAGCACGGCUGCCUCUCCGGACGAGGCAUACACCACACAGUAUCAGCAUGCUCCGAAGUAGAGUCCCGGAUCCGGUGCCAUCCACCAGAUCUAGAACGGGAAUCAUCAUCACAAACGCAACCGCCGCCAGUUGGAGAAGAAGAAGAAGAAGAAGAAGUAUGAGGAGGAGGAGUAGUAGUUUCCAGUCAUCGUCAUCGUCGCUACGUCGUCGUCGUCGCAAAAUCCGCCGCCUCAGUUUAACAAAAUCAUAGAAACAGCCUCAACCGAUAACAACAACAACAACAACAACAGCAAAAUCUACAGUUAUGGUUCUAAGUCAAAGUGGGAGAGCAAGUUGAAAUAUUUCUGAAGCGAGGAAUUUAUUGGAACAACUAACUGAUAGUAAUGCCAAACAGAGAAGAAGAUCGUAAGUGAACUUUGACACAAAAGGUUCCGUAGCAAUUGACAUUUGUUAAGGGAUUUGGGACAUUCGGGGUUCAGAAACUCUCAGAGCAGCCUUGAGAGUCGACACACACAGACACACACAAACACUUACACACACACAUUACACACAAACAAAACACACAGAGAAGAAAAACCGAUACCUCAUCAGAGACGAGAUACAUAACGCUGUUUUUUACAUAAGACUUGAAAAAAAACACAAUUCAGAGAAUUCCAGAACGAGAAAUCGAACUUCGAUGCAUGAGACGAACCUAAAGACGUGUGCUUAAACCUAGGAACGGAGGAAUUCGACCUGCUUUACAGGAUUGCGUGUGUGUUGAAAGUUUAUGUUCUUUACUACAUUUGUUUUGCUGGAAUUAUGAGCGAACAGUUUAGACUACCAAUACCACCGAUCGUCACCAGGAGUGAACAUCGAUUUUGGUUAAUGACUGUUACUUUUUUUAAGUAUUUGUCUUACAUUUCUUCCAAACGAUAAGAAAUAAAUAUUGUUGAACUAAAAUGUCCCAGAAAAAUAAAUAAAUCAGGAAACCGUUUCAUUCAGUUUGUUUGCACCGCUGGAACAGAACGCACUUGAUCAAAUGGUUGCGAACCGCUGUAAGCAAACCGACUGCACUCGGAAAACUCGUCACGUAGUUUCCACGUGAAAUUUCACGUGUCGAAAAUUUGGCACGCACUUUGCAGGUGGAAAAUGCGGGAUAUUCUUUUAUUGUAUGAAAUCUUCUGCUCCGAGAUACCCAAAAAAAAAAGAAUUCAGCGGAAAUAAGUCCCUAUUUUUGUUUGUUAAGUUUUUACAGUUGCUUUUUUUAAUUAUUAUUUACUUCCCCUUGUCCCCUCUGAUUCAAGAAAAUCCUUAUUUAUUUCACCUUCUCUCUGCGGCAGCAGAGAGUAACGUCUGUUGAGAGAAUUGAAAGCUCGAAAUCAAGCAAAAAAAAUAAGAAGAAAACUACCAACGAUAAAGUUUCCUAUAAAAUCGACGAUGAGAGCGAAUAAAAGUGAGCGAGAAACCAAAUAGAAGAAAAACGAAAAAGAGUUGAAGCAGGAAAUUUUCUCGAAAACGGCUUCCACUGACUAACAACUAUUUGUGCAGUGAGAGCACGGAGGAGUCUUUUAUUUAAAAAAAAAAUGAGGAAGGUAGCGAAGCUAGGAAGGAAAACCGCUGAAAUGAUUCCCAAUUUUUCCUCUGAUUUUGAUAGAUUGCAAGAGAAAAGAAUUUAGAGAGAGUUGCUUUUUUCUAGGAUAAAUUUUUAAUUUAUUUUUUGUUGGUUAAGAAAAGAGUGCGGAAUGAGAUGUUUGAGGUUAGGAACAUUUUUUUUAUAUAAAACUGUGAAAUCGAAGAAUACGAGGGGCACAUGUUGCACGCAAGCAAGCGCUCGGAUCGGAAAGGACGAAAGGAAAGAAAAUGCAAAAAGAAUGCUAGUUCAUAAUUUUAGUUUUUAGUUCUUAGAUAGACCGAUUUAAAAAUUUACAACUUAGGAGAACAUGAAAACACCCAGCCACACACACACACACACAUUGAAUUGAAAAGUGGUUCGCAAAGUGUGAAGGACAGUGGAAAGAAGAGAUGAAAAAUGAUGAGCAGAUAAGCGCUCGAGGACAACGGAAAAGAGAUAGGCAGUUUUAUCAAAUUAAAAGUUUCUUUUCUAAGAUUUUUUUUUUUUUUGAUUUAGUUCUAAUUUUUUGUAGUUUUUAAGUGAUAAGAAAAAGAAACCAGAAACUGGAUUGUUUGUAAGGCGAAGAAUGAAAAGCAAGCGCGCUGAAGCAGAGGAACAGAAAGUGAAUGCAAGAGGUGUGAAUGAAUGUGUCAGAUAGGAGAUCUAAUUUUUUUUUUGCAAUGGAAAGCAGGACGAAUAGGAAGGGAAAAUAAUUGAUUUUUUUUUGUUUUGUAGUAGAAUCUAACCGUAAGCACGAAGGAAAAUUUUCUGAAAACGAUUGAAUAAAAAAGUGACUCAGUGUGUGUUGGUGUAGGCAAUGGAUGCUACACCCUGCACUGAUGAAGCGAAGCGAUUCAAGCAAAAACACAAA